UAUCAAACAAAAUGGACAUACAUAUGAUACACAUUGCUGCCAGGGCUGGUGACUUGACUGCUUUACAAGAUGCCAUCAAGAGGGGGGAUGAUGUCAACAAUGCUAGACUAAGUGUGGAUAGGGAUGGAUGUACUCCACUCUAUUGGGCAGCCAGUGGAGGUCACACUGACUGUAUUAGAGAGCUGCUCUCCUCAGGAGCCGUGGUGAACCUGGCUAACAAGUAUGGGUAUACUCCACUCAUGGUGGCAGCCAGUGGAGGUCACACUGACUGUGUUAAAGAGCUGCUCUCCUCAGGAGCCGGAGCCAUGGUGAACGCCAGUGAUGAUGAUGGGAACACUCCACUCGUUGAGGCAGCCAGUGGAGGUCACACUGACUGUAUUAGAGAGCUGCUCUCCUCAGGAGCCGUGAUGGACUGGGCUGAUGAGGAUGGGCGUACUCCACUCUAUUGGGCAGCCUAUAAAGGCCAUACUGACUGUGUUAGAGAGCUGCUCUCCUCAGGAGCCGUGGUGAACAUGGUUAACAAGGAUGGAUGCACUCCACUCAUAGGGGCAGCCAUGAGAGGUUACACUAACUCUAUUAGAGAGCUGCUCUCCUCAGGAGCCGAGGUGAACCUCGCUGACAAGGAUGGGAAGACUCCACUCCAGUGGGCCGCCAGGCAAGGUCGCACUGACUGUGUUAGGGAGUUACUCUCCUCAGGAGCCGUGGUGGAUCUAGCUGACAAGGAUGGGUGGACUCCACUCUAUUGGGCAGCGAUGGGAGGUCACACUGACUGUGUUAGUGAGCUGCUCUCCUCAGGAGCUGUGGUGGACCUGGGUAACAAGGAUGGGGACACUCCACUCAUGGUGGCAGCCUUCUGGGGACGUGUAGAUACACUAAGGAAGCUUCUCUCAUCAGGGGCUUCCCCUCUCUGCACUAACAUUGAUGGCGAGACUGCUCUGAUGAGCGCCAAGAUAUCAUACCCCCCUAACACUUCAAUAACGAAGCUCCUUGAGGAAGCUGCUGAAUCACAUGGGUGCACACUCAAGUGAUUUGACUGUACUGAUGACGAACCAAGGAACUUGCCAAUAAUGUUUUAGGAUACACAUUUUAAUAACAAAAAAAAUCUCACUUGUGCAAUAAUUAUUUACAUUAUUGUUACAUAGCUAUUAUGUGAUGCACUUGUGAUUAGUUUGGACAUUCCAUUCA